CAAACUUGGGCUAUCAACUUUACAAAAAGUUACAUCGGCAUUUCGCAUGUUGGCGUAUGGAACAUCAGCAGAUAGUACUGACGAAUAUGUUAGGAUCGGUGAGUCAACUGCAAUUGUAUGUUUAAAGAGAUUUUGCAGAGCAAUUGUAGAAGUAUAUGGAGAUGAAUAUCUGAGGACUCCCAAUGUCGACGAUGUUGCAAGGUUAUUGCAAAAGGGCGAAGAAAGAGGUUUUCCAGGAAUGUUAGGAAGUCUAGACUGUAUGCAUUGGCAAUGGAAAAAUUGUCCAACAGCAUGGGCAGGACAAUACUCAGGUCGUCAUGGAGGUCCAACCAUUAUUCUUGAGGCAGUAGCAUCAUAUGAUCUAUGGAUAUGGCAUGCAUACUUUGGCUUACCAGGAUCCAAUAACGAUAUUAAUGUAUUGCAGUCGUCUAAUUUGUUCGACAAUCUAUCACAAGGUAUUGCUCCUCCUGCUCAUUACACAAUUCAAGGAAAAAAUUAUGAUGUCGGUUAUUAUUUGGCCGAUGGCAUAUAUCCGAAAUGGCCAACACUUGUUCAAACCAUUUCUAAUUCCGAUGAUAAAAAGAAACAAUAUUUUGCAAUGAUGCAAGAAGCAUGUCGAAAAGAUGUUGAGCGGGCAUUCGGUGUUCUCCAAUCACGAUUUGCUAUCAUCAAGGGGCCAGCCCGUUUUUGGGAUAAACGAACUCUGCAUGAUAUCAUGACUGCUUGUAUUAUAAUGCACAAUAUGAUUGUCGAAGAUGAACGCGACGAGCAAGAAGAUGUUGUCAUUUCAACUCCACAAUCAAUUCCGAAUGCUGAAAAUAUGGAGAUAACGGAAACUGAACGAUUCCAACAAUUUCUUGCUCUACAUAAGAGGUUAAAAAACAAAGAAGCUCAUUUUGCACUUCGAAAUGCAUUGAUUGAACAUUUGUGGGAAAGACAUGGAAAUGAAGCUAUGUAA